ACUCACUGAACACUGAGGAACCAUGGAGAAUGAUCAGGUUCCAACAACAUGCUCAGCACCUGUCUCAACAAUUACUUCGUCUCCAACCAAUCCGCCCCCCAUUUCCGUGUACAGCAGUUCAGACCGCCAUGCUGUGCAGGUAUGUGAAUUAAAUAUACUCCUGGAAUAAUAAUACAUCCUUUCUGUGCCUAAGAAAACAGAAACAAAUGAAAACAGUAAAAGAAUAAAUUUGACAUGGCCAAAAGUAUGUGACUGCCGUUAAAAAAAUAAUGGUUUGGGGUAUUUCAGCCACAACAGUAGGUGGGUAGGUUUAUAUUAUCAUGUACACAGCCUUGGUAUUUCCAUAGACACUGUCACGGUCGCAGUGUGAUCUGUUUAAGAUUCUGCAGAUACUGUAAGAGCAACUUCAUCACAUUGCAGUGAAUCCCAUAUGUACUGUUGCAUAACUCUGUAAUAUUCAACCGAUUUAUGUAAAAAUGUAUCACACACUUGCACUGUAUUACGCAGAUUAUAAUGCUGUAUGUUUUUCUUCUUUCUGUUAAAGCUAAACAAUCUUAAUAAAAACAAGACAUUGAAGAAGAAAAAAGAAUCUGCAGAUAUGUUCCAUACAUGUGAACAUGCCAUAACCACUUCCCUACCCUUUUUAGGAUUUACCAUUGCUUGCCCCAAGCUGUUGCACUUUCAUAAAACGCUCUUUAUUUUAAAUAUAAUUUACACAGAAUGUGCUCAGAAGGAAAGCCAACUUCUAACAUGUUAAUGUUCACUUCUUAUUCUGUACUUUGCGGUUACUGCUAGAGUAUUAGCAGCUGUUGUCAUCUGGAAUAAAUAAAAGAUUAAUUUAAUUAUCAAAAUAAUACAAUUGCUUAAAGGGACACUGUAGUCACCCAGACCACUUCAUCUCAUUGAAGUGGUGUGGGUGUAGUAUGCCAGUCCCACUUAGUUCCGGAAUGUAAAUCAUUGCAGUUUUUUACCAUUUGUAGGUUAAAGGGGCAGUCUAAGCCAAAUAAUGCAGCUCAUUGCAGCCACUAGUAUAUGGACAAUAUCCCACUUUAGUUUGACAGUGGUUUGACAUAAAUAGGGGUAGCCCUGGCAUCAUCUUUUUUGCCAACUUGUUAAUGCAUAACUUACAUUACCAUAGUACCAAUAUAAAUUCCUUGCGCUGUACUCAAUCGACACUGAACAUCGAUACUUCAAUCUUUGCAGGAUGAUCCCAAAAAGUCUCUUCAAUGGCUGUCUGAAUGACAGCCACUAGAGGUGGCAUUAUGAAGCAGUAUAAACUCUGCCUUUUGUCUGUAAUUUACCAUGCUCAGAUAGCAGGGACAGGCUGUUUGGUUUUUCCCCAGAACCCCAACCCAUAAUACUUGCACUGAGUACUAAACUACAGCAAUAUCUAUACUUUUUUAAAAAUUCCUAAUUCUUAAUGCUAAAAUCAAUAAACAAAAAUAUACUUGUAGUGAACCUGAUAAAAUGGACAAUCUCUGUGGCAUUGCUUUUAAUUACCAAUUCCAAUUUUGAAUUCCAUAACCCUAAUGCUGUUUGCUAAUACUAACUCUAAUAACUAAAAUACUUUGCAUCAAUUAGUACUGAUAUGUGAACUGCUUUGCAGUGUCCAACAUAUAUAGGCAAAGACAUACAGAGAAGGCUUGGGGAUAAAAAAAGUUAUAGCAAUAAAUGGAAACAAACUAAUUUUAACUUCCCCUUUUUAGUGAAUUAGAUAUUUUACAAGCAGAUGUCCACAUGCUUUUGGCCAUGUAGUGUGUAUACACUGCCUUUGUAGGAGGAGAUAGAAAACAAGUUUGAAUUGUUUAAAAUAAAUAAGCUUGGGAUGUAUGAAUCUAUGCAUAGUUUGGAAGAGGAACAAGACAAUUGUUGAAAGCCGAAUAUGUGUUUCCAUUAAAAAUAUGUAUUGUCAGUAUCAUAAUGUGCAUUUUCUGCAGCAUAGUAGCCAUUCUUUCUCUCACCACUAGAGUGUGCUAUGCACCUACAUUUUUUCCUAAUAAGCUGUCACUAGUGUUUCAGUAAUUUUUGCACACAGUGAUAUUUUUCUAACUUUUGGAGGCGGGGAGGAUCUAUUCGAAACGUAAUAAAAGCAUAAUGACAUAUAACAAGCAAAAUGUACUGCAACACACCAUAAUUACAUUAACAGUAGUAGUAUAGAUGUGGUAUACAUCAUAAGUAAAUUAUGGGAAAGCCUGUGUGAAAUUAUCAAUUGUAAGGGUAAAUAAAUAAAAUUGAUUCCUAGAUAUUUAUUAGAUUAGUACUUAAGAGAACAUGUCAAGGAACCCUAACCCAAUUAGCUAAACCAUUAACAUUUUGCAGACAGCAGUGCCUGUGCCCCAAAGUAAGAAGUCAAAACUUUCUAGAAUGCUGUAGUGGUUAUAGUGCUUCCUUUCAGAUAGAAGUUGAGGUAAUGAAUUGCUGUAGCAAUUAAACAGAGAGCAAGUAAUAUAUGUAUUAUGAUGCAGGCUUUAUUUUAGAACCUUUCAGUUUGUUAGCAUAUCAGAAAUACAAACUGAAAGUGCUUGCAAUGGGCACAUACGUGCAGCUGUUCUGUAUGCUGUAAACAUGACUGUGAUAUAUACUGCUUGAUUUCGAAAUGAUAAGUUACAGGUAGUUCAACGUUUUCAAAAAAUUCUUAAUGAAUCAGUCCUUUAUACACAACUGUUCAGAUUGCUGCAUAUGAUGUUAUCUUAUCCCUAUUUAAAAUAAAAUAUUUGGGCUUUAGUCACUAACCUGUCAAAGGAGGUGAAUAUAUAAAAAACUUUUAGGAUAAAAAAUAUUUGUACUUUAUGUUUAUUUAUGCACUAUCUACUAUAUACAAUAUGUUAAAUGAACACUAUAGUCUUUAGCUUAAUGAAGAAGUUUUGGUGUAUAGUUCACGUCCCUGCAUUCUCACUGCUCAAUUCUCUGCCAUUUAGGAGCUAGACAAUGUGGGAGCCUCUUUUGUGCAAUUAAAGUUCAAUUUACUUAGCAGGAGAAUAAAAACUUUAAGUAAAUUAUGUCUGAUUAAAAAUCAAACCAUUUUUUUUCAUGCAGGCUGUGUGAGUCACAGCAAAGAGAGGUGUGACUAUGCUGCGUAAACAGAAACAAAAGUGAUUUAACGCCUACAUGGAAGAGGAUUGAGCAGUGAGACUGCAGGGGCAUGCUCUAUACACAAAAACUGCUUCAUUAAGCUAGCGUUGUUUCAGAGACUAUAGUGUCCCUUUAAAAUGGAAGAGACCUCUAAGCCUAUUCACAUAUAAGCUUUCAUUUGGCCUAUGGUCUAGUUUUAGCUUGGAGUCCACAGUCUGUUGUCAGUCCCUCAUAGGUACGGAGUUGACACAGCCAUUUAGGAGCUAGUGAAUCAAUGCUUAUAAGUAGGCACAUAGAGCCUGUUAACGUUCUAGUGUUGUAAAAUAAGAAGUUGGGCUUUUAUAGUCAUAGUAAUUUAAAAAUGUUUAGUAUUCCUGUUUAGAGUGUACAUUUAUGCCUGGGAACUUGAUGCUGCUGUGUUUUGUACCUCAUUUUGUGCAAUAUCAAACUUGCGGGCAAUGUUUUAUUUUCUUAUAUUGUUUGUUUUAUAUGCUGUUUUAUCCUCAUUGCCUUUUCAAAAUAAAGAUUUUAUUUUAAUUUUUUUAAAGUAACUUGGAACUAACACGUAACAUGCCAUAGGUUAUCCAACAGGCUUUAAAUCGCCCUCCGAGCUCAGCAGCACAAUAUCUUCAGCAGAUGUAUGCUGCACAACAACAACAUCUUAUGCUACAGACUACUGCGCUACAGCAACAGCACUUAAGCAGCGCUCAACUCCAGAGCCUAGCUUCUGUUCAGCAGGUAAACCAUCCUUAUUACUGGUUUUGGAAGCGGUAAGUCAUUGUAAGUCUGAUAUUACACUAUAAUCACAUUGCUGACUAUGGCAACAGCUUCAUGGAGUGGUUAAAACAGUCAUCAUAUGUAUGCUACUAUUGUAAUUCUUUUAAUUAUAUUUGCCAAUAAAAUUCCCAAUCUGUGUUAUAGGAAAUUAUUUUCUCUCUUCAGAUUCACUGAUAAUUUAAAUGCACAGAAAAUCAGUUAUAAAAUCCCAAUGUGCCAUAAAUUGCCAGAAUAUAUCCAACAAAGCAAGAAUGAUAGUGAUAUGUUAAUGUAAUGCACCUAUCUUUUACUUUCUUUAUUUUAUAUUUUGGAACAAUUACUGUGAUCAUAGUGGAGAGGCAUUCUUAAAUGUAUUGAUAAUCUAUGAAUAUAGCCAGCAAUCCCUGUCUAUUGAUAUAGUGUUAAAGAAAUCCUUAUUUAAUAUUUUGAUGUAAGAUUUAUGUCCCAAGCACAUCAUUAUUCCCUAAUAAAAUAGGUGCCAGGUCCAGCUAGGGUUAACCCUUUUUUAUAAACAUAGCAGUUUCAGAGAAACUGCUAUGUUUAUGUUAGGGUUAAUCCAGCCUCUAGUGGCUGUCUCUUGACAGCUGCUAGAGGAGCUUGCAUGCUUCUCACUGUGAAUGCUUUCCUAUGGACUGACUGAAUGCGCGCGCAGCUCUUGCCACGCAUGUGCAUUCAGCCGAAGAGGAGGAGAGCUCCCCGCCCGGCGCUGGAGAAAGAGGUAAGUUUAACCCCUUCCUCUCCAUCCAGCCCGGCGGGAGGGGGACCCUGAGGGUGGGGGCACCCUUAGGGCACUAUAGUGCCAGGAAAACUAGUAUGUUUUCCUGGCAUUAUAGUGGUCCUUUAAUGCUUAAUCACAUUAUUUCCCAAUAUUGCCCUGUGAUUGGUUAGUUUUUUAUGGCAACCAUCACACUGCAAUGAAGGAAAUUGUAAAAUGAAAAUUGCCAUUUCAAUUUUAAUUAUUGUGGUGUCCUUCAGCAUUUUUCCCUAAUGGUGUGGAAUAGAGGUAGGAGUCACUUAUUGGGCACCUCUCCUAAGGCAGUGAAAGAGUAAAUAUUAUAGCACAUCUUUUAUUUUAUUCGUAUUUAGUUUUUGCAAAAUGCCAUCUUCUGCAAUAUUAGGUAGAAUUCACAUUUUUCAGACUUGUUUUUUGAACAGACCAUUGUCGGCAUUAUUGAUUUUGAAUGCAAUUUACUUUUUUGAAAAGUUCCUUUUUAAUGCCUUUAGCGAUCGAUCUAAGAUCCAUAAUUUCCUCUCUUUUUCAGUCAAGUGUAUCUGGGGAUAGAAGAUCUGCCUCACCAGGAAGUGCUUCACAGCAAUCAAAUGUCUCCCAAACCUCUGUAAGUCCUGCAGGUCAUGUUUCCUUACAUACGGUAACUAAUCUGGAAACUCUGUAAAUUGAUUUUUAUUUGCUGUAUACCGAGAUUAAUCAAAUGCUUUAUAUUUUUUUAAAUGAAAAUAUAUGUAUUUGUAAAUAUAACAUUUAACAUGUAAAAACUGAGCUUCACUAUAAUGUGUCAUUUGUAUAUAUAUAUAUGGAAGACUUAAUAACCACAAAAAUUGCAAUAUUCAGUCAGUUGCAUGUUUGUAUAAAUAUAUACAUUUUUACAUCAUUUUUGUAUUCCAAUAGUUAUAUAACUGAGAGAUAUAUAAAAGGUGGAGUAUCUUACAUCAGAUUUCAUAAAAUUUCAGAUUGGAAAGGGUAGAUAGUCCUUGGUAGUUAUAAUCUUAAAUAAAGAGAAAAAAUCUGAUGUAAGAUACUCCACCUUUUAUAAAAAAAUUUGUUGUUAAAUAUUUGUUGGUGUGGGUUAAGGGGAACCCACACAGGUGUAAGAGUACCACAUACGGAUUGUACCACUUUGGUGAUUUUGCAUUUUUAUUGUAUAUAUCUGAGAGAGGCAGAUUUGUAAAUAGACUUAUAAAGUAUCAGCUCACUAAUAUUUACAUUCCUGCAAAACAUAAAAGCAUUGUUAUAACCGGGAAACUCCCUAUAUAUAAAAGAGCAGCCAAACUUGACAAUGUUAUCUCUUUUUCAUUUAUGGACGUAAAUUGCCAGUAUCCUGCGCUUAUUGUAAAGACUUUAAUAUGAUUUUUUAGGUGAAUCUCUCUGCUUCACCUCCACCUUCUCACGUUAUGAGUCGAUCGCAGGCAGCCAAUACUACCAGUAGCAGUAUCACCCAGAAGACCAUGCUGUUGGGAAGCACAUCUCCAAGCAUAAGUGCAAGCCAGGCCCAGAUGUAUCUUCGAGCUCAGAUGGUAAGUGCGGUAUAUGAAACAAAAAUGGAUUUGUUGAAUAAAACGAUACAAACAAAAUCAAUCACUCGCUGUUAUGUAUCUGUUGAUUACUAA